UAUUCGACUACUCUAUGCUUGUAAACACAUUUUAACCUAAUCGGCAAACAAAUUCUCCUCAAAUUCACAAAUAAAAUAAAAUAUACGAUGGCUAGCACAAAUCCUGUCGAAUUAAUCGUUGAAGAAAAGAAAGACGAUGGUGUAGACCGUCAAAAAGUUUGUCCAUUUCUCUUGAGAGUAUUCCUCUCAACAAACGGAUAUCACCACAAAACAAUGGAAUACAGCAAAGGGAACGUUCCCGAAAACGAACUCCAAAUCUACACAUGGAGAGAUGCCACUCUCAGCGAGCUGGGAAUACUAGUCAAGAAAGUAAACCCAGACGCACGCCGAAAAGGCACCAAACUAUCAUUUGGUUUAGUUUACCCUGACAGCCGCUCACCUGUAUACCGCAUGCGUGAAAUCGGCAGCAUUACAUCCGGACAAAAAGGUUCUGAUGAUCUCAAAACCUUAAAUCAAGCUCGAUUUACAAUUGGUGACUACAUGGAUAUCUCUGUAUCAGCUCCAGAGCAUUGGAACAACGGCCCGAGGAAAGGUUUCCAGCAGAACUACAACAAUCACCGACAGCGGCCAUAUUGAUUCUGAUUUUCUUUUUCUUUAGAAAUUACAGAUUUCUGCGCUUAAUUUUAAGGUUAUGUUAGGUAAUGAUGAACAUUGACGUCGUAAUGAAACAUUUCUACACA